AGAUAGCACGUGUGAGUUUGUCUGUUUUUAUUCCUCUUCUUCCUGCUGGCUGCUCUCCCAUUCUUCGCGCCAGUUGUUCUCUCUUGCGUUCCACCCUGACGCGCUACGAGGCACCCCUCUAUCGACCUCGCUUCUCUGGCCAGCACCAUGGCCGUCACUCUCUCCACGAACGCUCAGGUGGCCGACCUGCUUGACGAUGUCGACUACUUCCUGCUCGACCUCGACGGGGUCGUUCUGUUGGGCGACAGCGUCAUCCCGCACAUCCCCGAGACGCUGCGGCAUCUGCGCGAGUCCGGCAAGCAAAUUCGAUUCAUCUCCAACACAAUUCUGCUGGAGCGGGAGGGUCUCAUGCGGCACCUGCACGCCGCGGGGAUUGCGGGAGUGGCGAUGCAUGAGAUCUACACCGCCGCGUACACCUGCGCCCUCUAUCUCCAGGAGAACUUUGCCCAGCGGGAGGACCACCUCAUUCACCGCAACGUGUUCGUGCUCGGUCCAUCAGGACUGAACAAUGAAGUCCAAUCGAUGCUGGCUGCCGGCUACUCAACCUACGGCCCCGAACUGACGAGUAUCCCCUACUCGCCCGACCUGGUGGCUCGUGCGUGGACCGAGCCGCUUCUUCCUCUGCCCUCCCACACCGACGAGAACAACCACCCUCACCCCUUGAAGAAGACAAAGAUUUCAUUAAAGGAGCUUGAUCCUGUCGCGGUGGUGGUCGGCGUGGAUUACAACAUGAACAUGACGGAGAUGGCGUGCGCGGUGGCCCUCUUGCAGUGCACCACGGCGCGCUUCGUCGCGACCAACCCAGACCCGGCGGACCCGGCUGGUGCACGGCUGCUGCUGCUGCCGUCGUCGGGUGCCAUUGUCGCUGCGGUACAGACGGCGGUGGGUCGGGCGCCGGAUGUGCUGUGCGGCAAGCCGAGCCCCACCAUGGGUCUCCUUUUGAUGGAGAAGGAGGCGCAGGAGGGGCGCCGUGUGGACCCGCAGCGGGCGGUGAUGGUCGGAGAUCGGCUGAUGACGGAUAUCUGCUUUGGCAAGAAAAUCGGCGUUCGCACAGCCUUGGCACUGAGCGGGACACAGAAGCUGCGGGAUCUGACAGAACUUAUGGAGAGGGGUGCCACGGAUGAACUGCCCGACUACGUGAUUGAGUCGCUGGCGGUCUUUCUCCCCAAAUCCUCAUCUUAA